UAAACACCCACAUGACAUGGAAAAGACGCUAACGCCACCCGUCUUCGAGCAUUAAAACCCGCGAAACUUCCAAGCAGGGUUACACGCCGCAUUGCUCUCAGCUUCACAACACCAUGGACCACGUUAGGGAAACCUCUGCUUGGGUAGCUAGCCGCUCCUCCCACGUUCUCGUUGACUCUGCAGGAAUUGAGAAAGUGGUGAGCACCAUUGAUUCCAUUCCCAAGGUUGAGUGGGAUUUCGAAGGGAUUCACUACUUUGAUAAUGGACCACUCACCGUUCAGUACCUGUUUGUGUUGGACGCUUUAAAUUUUUGCUUCUGGCCUGAUAAGGAUUUGAAUUAUGAUGAUUUGGCAUCUGGGCUAAAGGCAGCUCUUCAAAAUGAUAAAUCUGCAUUUGAUGCUGAUCGUCUGCAAAAGUACACUGGUCCACAACUGCGUGAGCUUUUGAGGUGGCCUAGACCCCUUCCUCUGGAAGAUGAACGAGUUAGGUUACUACAUGAGGUUGGGAUUGAAUUAGAAAGAAACUUUGAGGGUAAAGCAUCCAAUCUUGUGGAGUGCUGUGGAAAAUCAGCCAUGAAUCUUGUUGCUCUUGUUGCACGCCAUUUUCCUGGUUUUAGAGACCAUACAGUGUACAAAGGACGCCAGGUAUUUUUAUAUAAAAGGGCUCAGAUAUUUGCAGCAGAUUUGUUUGGUGCAUUUAGGGGCCAAGGAUAUGGUGAGUUCAAAGACAUUGGCUCUCUAACUAUAAUGGCAGACUAUAUUGUCCCAGCUGUGCUUCGACAGCUUGGUGUUUUAAAAUAUAGUCCAACACUUGCCAGUACUAUUGAGGCCAGUGGAGAAAUAGGUCCAGGGACUGAAGAGGAAGUUGAACUGCGUGCUUGCUCUGUACAUGCAGUGGAGAAAAUGAGGGAGCUAAUAAGUGUAAAGUCAGGAAGACAGGUGCUCAGUGUGGAGCUGGAUCUUUGGCUCUGGGCUUCUGGUGUUCAGUCCACAUCUCUGCAGCACCACCGUACACUUUCAAUAUAUUACUGAGCACAUGAUAUAUGGUAACUUCUAGCUAUCAACAAUUUAGUUGUUGAACAAGAAAAUUUUGGCUGUUUUAAGGUAAUUAUUUAGGAUAAUGUGUGAAUAACUACCUCCUUUUGCACUAAAGUUUUGGAAUCAGCUUUUGUAAUUUUGGAAAAGUGAUACUUAACCAGAUGCUUUCAAACUUAAUUUUGAAUAGCCAUUGUAUUCGGAUUUUAGGACCUUAAAUAGUUUACAGGGUGAACAAUUAGGCUCAUGGUUGUUUUACAAUGGGAGGUUGUUAAUAUUUACUUUGUCAAAUAUAACUGUUGGUAUAGCCGAGGUUGUAAAAGCGGUGGGCAUUUUCACCUGUUUUAUCAUAACUUCAUACCUUUUUAUCU